GCUGCAUUCAUCCUUUUUUUUUUGCUGAGGAUGUCGGCUCCGCUGCUGCCGCUGCCGCUGCUGAUGUUGGUGACAUUUGUCAGUGCUCAGCUGCAGGUCACCACCUCGCCGGUGCCCAUCGUUACUCAGGUGGGCACCACCGCCGUCCUCCGUUGUAACUUCACGCUGGGAGUGCCGCCGGUAGACCCGGCGCAGGUGCACGUGGUGUGGAAGAAUGAGGGCAAGAAAGUGCUAUCCUACACGGGGCAAAUGACGGCGUUCAGACCCGGGGCGUAUCUCUCCGAGGAGCACCUGGCAGGCGGAGACGCGUCGUUGACCCUGCCGAACGUCAGCAAUAUGGAUGGAGGGAGAUACUCCUGCAGCGUCCGGCUGGCGUCAGAACAGGAGACGCAGAUCGUCACCUUGGUCGUUAAAGACCACCGGCACAUCUGGGUUGAAGGCACCACGGUGACUCUGAACCGGUCCAGCGAGCUCCAUUGCUGGGCGAGUAACUUGUCGUCUCCCGACGUGAUGUUUGAGUGGAUGAGGAACGGGCAGGUGCUGAGCACGACCACGCCGGACGUUCAGCAAGACGACGACGGCCAAGGGGUCACAGUCAAGAGCUCCUUCUGCUUCACCCCGGCCACCAGCGAUAAGGACGUCCAGUACUCCUGUCAAGUUCUACAAAAGACCUCGUACCCCCUGAAGAAAUCCUUCCAUCUUACCUUCGGAGUUCGCCCGGACAUCAGCAUUUUCCUGACCGGUAAGGGCCGUAAGAAUUCCUCCCUGGUCUGCUUAGUGUCCGGUUUUUACCCAGAAGAUCUGAACUUGUCCUUGGAGAGAGACGGACACCCCCUGGCAGAGACGUCCAAGAAAUGGAUCAACCCCAAUGGCACCUUCUCAUUGAUCGCGGUCUUCCUGAUGGACGUGACCCCCGAUGACGAUAAUAUUGAUUAUACCUGCACCGUUCACCACCCCACAGUCCCAGGAGGGGUGACGGAGAGACUGCGGUUUGUGGUGGAUCCGUACAUUCCCAAAGUGUUCUGGGUGAUCGUAUCCGUCGCGUUUUUCUUUGCCAUUGGAAUUCCAUCUUUGUGCAAACACGUGACCGAUAUAACCACGUGCAAGGACUGGACAAACGGAUGUACAGCUGUCCUGAAGUGCACCAUCUCUGGCCGGUACCCCAAGGCCAUCACCGCCGUGUGGAUAAUCAGACGUGGGGAGAAGGAGCUUGAGAUAAAAGAGAGGGGGUCCAUCCAGCCUCUGGGGGAUUACAGGGAGCUACAGGAACAGGAUCUAUACACCUGCUGGAACAACAUCAAGAGCAUGUCCGUCUGCGGCCUGCGCCAUUCCCUGUCUUCCAUCCUCUGCUUCCAGGUGCGCAAGGAGCAGCACGACCAGGCCGAGUUCAUAUGCCGGUUCAUGAAAGGAGACAAGAUCCUGGAGGAGAAACACAUCUUUGGAAGCGUCCUGGAUAAUUAUGGGUUUUUCUCGGUUUCUGACGUGUGCGUCCCGGAGAUAUGCAACGUGGGCGACAAAGUGACCCUGAGCUGCAUCAUGCAUGGAAACGUCCCGCGCGAGAUCAGGGUAUUAUGGGAGAGAUGCGCAGAUGAGGAAAGGACAAUUAUUUGCAAGGACCAAGAUGCCAACUACCAAGUGACUGAGAAUAAAUCGGGAGGGCAGAUCUGCUCGUUUCUCACUUUCUGCCCCUCGGAGGAUGAUUCCGACGCCGUCUUCACGUGUUCCUUCACCGAGAACGAAGGGAGGAUCCUUGCUGAACGCAGUUCAAAGCCUCUGAAAAUGGCCGAGCCAAGGAAGAAUCCUUGGUCACGGACAUAUCAGGACUGGGGUUUCCGUGCAUUCGACGAACCAGGCACCACGGAACUAUAACUUUUGUUCUUCUUGGCUUGACCAACCUUCAUGAUCAACCUUCUCACAUCAUAUUCUCAU